AUGGCGCCUACGAAGAACACCAAAAACAAGUACUCGGUAAUUCUGCCGACGUUCAACGAGCGCCAGAAUUUGCCCGUGGUCGCCUGGCUACUGAACCGGACCUUUACUCAGGAGAACAUUGACUGGGAGCUCAUCAUUGUCGACGACGGCUCGCCCGACGGCACCCAAGAGGUCGCCAAGCAGCUCGUCAAGGUCUACGCGCCGCACGUCGUGCUCAAGACGCGCACCGGCAAGCUCGGCCUCGGCACGGCCUACGUCCACGGCCUGCAGUUUGCCAAGGGCAACUUCAUCAUCAUCAUGGACGCCGACUUCUCGCACCACCCCAAGUUCAUCCCGCAGAUGAUUGCGCUGCAGGCCACGGCCGACUACGACAUUGUCACGGGCACGCGCUACGCGGCCGGCGGCGGCGUGCACGGCUGGGACCUGCGGCGCCGCCUGACGAGCAAGGGCGCCAACAUUUUUGCGGACACGGUGCUGCGGCCCGGCGUGUCGGACCUGACGGGCUCGUUCCGGCUGUACAAGCGGUCGGUGCUGGAGAAGCUGUUUGAGAGCACCGACGUGCGCGGGUUCGGCAUGCAGAUGGCGCUGGCGGUGACGGCCAAGGCCAUGGGGUACACGAUUGCCGAGGUGCCGAUUACGUUUGUCGACCGCGUCUACGGCGACUCCAAGAUGAGCGCGUCUGACAUUGCCGAGUACGUCACGGGCGUCGUGAAGCUAUGGCUCAAGGUGUAG